AUGCCAUCAGUGAGCACUAUUAAUACGGAAUUUUAUGAUACAUGCCAAUUAAAUUUAUCAGAUCAUACAGCAACCCUUGAUAUCAAUGAUAAAGAUUCAAUGAUUGGAAUGAAUGCUGCAUGUACGGUAUCACGACAGAUUCCACCUAAUAUCAAUUGUUUAUGUAGCAGUCGUUCAUUAAUUUCACAAUUUACUCAUCAUCACCAUCAUCAUCAUCAUCAUCAUCACCAUCAUCAACAACAACAGCAACAACAACAACAACAACAACAACAACAACAACGACAACAACAACAACAACAACAACAACAACAACAACAGAAUGAACCAUGGAAUUCGGAAAGAUGCUCACCGUAUGGACAAUAUCCAAUGCAAACUUAUGUACAGCAUUCGGUACCAAGUGAAUCCAUGUCAUCAUCACCAAAUUCCGAAACGGAUGUCGAAUAUGGUCAACCAUCAUCGUUGACAUUACCGGGUCUUACUGGUCCCAUCCAACUUUGGCAAUUUUUGUUGGAACUUCUGAUGACUGAAUCUACAAAUUCUUGCAUUGCUUGGACGGGUGAUGGAUGGGAAUUUAAAUUAAAUGAUCCUGAUGAAGUCGCACGUAAAUGGGGAAUUCGUAAAAAUAAACCAAAGAUGAAUUACGAAAAACUUUCACGUGGUCUAAGGUAUUAUUAUGAUAAAAAUAUUAUUCAUAAAACACCCGGUAAACGAUACGUGUAUCGAUUUGUAUGCGAUCUCACCUCAGUACUACAAAUGUCUGCUGAACAAAUUCGCAGAAAAGUGGAGGUGAAGCGUGAACUUGAUCAAUGA